UCAGAGAGACGCCUAGAGAGAGCCUCAGGCUCACCCGGGGGAGUGAAACCUGAAAUCACUUGGCCUGACAUCCCAGGACGAAUGUUUGAGCCCAGGGAAGCUGCUGUGUGUCUGUGAACUCCAGUUUCCUCAUCUUUAAUAUGGGACAUUAGAAGCUAUCUCCUGGGUGGUUGUCGAGGGCAGACACACUUGCUGGACAUCGAGUGUCAAUCAGGAACAUAUGUGUGUGACCUUUGGCAAUUCAUCGACUCUCUCUCGUCCUCAUUUCCUGUUGACCAGCAAAGCUUUAGGAUAUGAUGAGCUUUGCCCCAGUCUUGACCAGGCCUUUGGGAACCUCCUAGUGGGGGGUGAGGAAAGUUGCCUGAAGGAAGAGAAGUAUGAUAAAAUAUUAUCUAAGGUGUAGAGAACCCAGGAGACCGCAUCAUGGCAGGGAAGCCCAGGCUGCACUACUUCAACGCACGAGGCCGGAUGGAGUCGAUCCGGUGGCUCCUGGCUGCAGCCGGAGUCGAGUUUGAAGAGAAACUUAUACAGACUCCAGAGGACUUGGAAAAACUAAAAAAUGAUGGAAGUUUGAUGUUCCAGCAAGUGCCAAUGGUCGAAAUUGAUGGGAUGAAGAUGGUGCAGAGCAGAGCCAUUCUCAACUACAUCGCCGCCAAAUACAACCUCUAUGGGAAAGACAUCAAGGAGAGAGCCCUGAUUGACAUGUAUAUAGAAGGUGUGGCAGAUUUGAUUGAAAUGAUCAUGUAUUUGCCCAUGACCCCACGUGAUGAAAAAGAUGCCAAGAUUACCCAGAUCAAAGACAGAACAAUAAAUCGUUACUUGCCUGCAUUUGAAAAAGUGUUAAAGAGCCACGGACAAGACUACCUGGUUGGAAACAAGCUGAGCAGGGCUGACAUCCACCUGGUGGAACUUCUCUACUAUGUCGAAGAGGUUGACCCCAGCCUUCUGGCCAACUUCCCUCUGCUGAAGGCCCUAAAAACCAGAAUCAGCAACCUGCCCACCGUGAAGAAGUUUCUGCAGCCUGGCAGCGCAAGGAAGCCUCUACUGGAUGAGAAAGCUAUAGAAGAAGCAAGGAAGGUUUUCAAGUUUUGAUAAAGCAGGCCUGGCCCCCAGCAAAGGCAGGA